UAUUCAUUUAUUUAUUUUAGUGGUGCCCUUCAGCACUAGUGUAUCCUUCUUGUAACCUUCAGGAUGGAUGUACGCGUGGCGCCUCACAACCCUGCCCCUCGGCGAGCUUCCAAGGACGGUGCCGUCAGCAGGAGCCGGCCCGCCACUGCUGGCAGGUCCUUGGGUGCUGCUGCGGCCAGACAGCAGCCGCCGACACUCACCCUGCACCUCAGCGAUGCCGCCCUGGGGCACCACGGGGGCUACCACCAGCGGUACACUGGCGCCGUAGGUGACUCAGGGACGCGGGGCACUGGUGAGGCGCUGCGGGGUAGUGCGAAGCGGGGCAGGGGGCAGAGAGUGGAUGGCUACACUGACCUCGGAGACUCAGGGCGCCUCCUACCAGGCAGGCCCCGCAUGGCUGCCCUCCGCCUCUCGGGGCAGGAUCAGGAGAAGCAGCGUCACCGUCGGCGCCUGGAGGCUUUGUCACAGCUGGGCCUCAACACUGCAGCAGAUCUUGCCCUCCACAGACCACUGCCUCGCGUCGUGCACAACAUCCCUGAGCCACCACACUUGACCCUGAGCAGCCCUGGAGCCUCCCGCCCUGAGCCCCUCCGUGCCAGCAGCAGCAGGGCGCGGGUGGGGGGCGUGGAGAGCGUGCUGGACCCGAUCUACAUGACGGAACCCACGGCGGAGGCAGACAACCCAGCUGAGUUCAAGAUCCGGCGACCGCUCACCACGCGGGAACUCACCAAGAAGAUCAAGAAGCACCAGGCCGCCGUCAGGAGGGAGCGGCGCCGCUUCAUUGCUGGUGCCGAGAGACCCCCGGCUAGGAAGAAGGCGAGUUACUUGGAGAUGCUAGAGAACCGUCAGGAGUUCCGGCGUGUCUUGGUGAAGCUUUUGAAGACGGAGGAGGCAGCAGGCGGGCCGGGACGGGGACAACUCGAUCGCCGCUACCAUUACUUCAUCACGCGGGGCUUGUCCAUGCGUACCAGCCCCUUCCAGAAAUCGUGGGUGUCUGCCAUCCUCGCCCUCGUGCCCAAACACCUCAGGAACCAAAUGGGGACCUGCCAGAGCCUCCUGCACCAGCUCCAGAGGGACUACGAACACAAUAUGAGGAAAGUAGCGGUGGAUUUCGUUCUCAACUCUGGCAAGCCUCGACCGCGGGCACAGAAAGCUAACGAGGGGAAGUCAAAUCGCCUGGCACUGGAGUCAUGGGGGCCCUCCAAGAACUCUAUCAAACGUAACCUCCACCUGCUGAACCCCUGCAUGCUGGCCACCCUAGAGAUGUGGUAUAGGGAAUACAGCGCCCUGCGGUUGGUGGAGGUGGUGAAGGUGAUGGAGACUCACCACAGCAUGGAGUUAGAGGAGUUCAUGGCGGGCGUGGCGGACCAGCUGGACCAGACCAAUGACACGCUGGGCCAAUGGUUCACGCAGAUUCAAACCAUUUUCUACAAGGGUUUCCAGCGAGGACAGAUGCCGGGGUUCAGCCAGCCAGCCCGCCUCUCCUCCUUCUGCAAUGCUGCCGUCAACAUCAUGACUCACAACCUGCAGUCCUUGUGCCUCUUGUCGCUCUUCUCCACAACGGCUGCACUGUGUGGAGCUAAACCUGACCUACGUGAUCCAGCCUCCCUGGCACUGUGGAUCAAAGAAGCCACUUCAGUUGAGCCACCACCUAUGCCUGUGAAGGAACCCCAGAUCUCUCACGAUGACCACACAAACACAACAGAUGAAGGCCUUGGUGAGUCGGUGGGUGACAGCGCCCACCAGAACAGCACCGAGGCAACUGGUGAGAGUGACGUGGGCUCCAAUGAGGGUGAUGACAGUGGUAUCCCUGCUCAGGCAGGUUCCAGUGGGCACCCUGACAAGCCUAUGGUGCUCAAGCUUCACCUCCUUCUCAAUGGGAAGCAGGUGGUGAUCAAGCCGACCUUCGGUGAAGUGGAAGCAUCUCUUCUGUCACUGUAUGACAAGAUGAUUGAGCUGUGCAUGUCAAUACCACGCCUGGAGACAAAGCUCUUUGCUGAGUGGGAGGGGCGGCAGGGAAGCAUCACGCCAGUAGUGGAAGAAGUGGUGGUGGCAAGACUGAGAGAGCAGGUCCUGAAGGAGGUGUCAGACUCCAAUGUGGCGCCAACUCACCAUGCCACACACUACACCAAGUACAAUGCCCUCAUCAGUGGCCAGGCAGAGGAGGAAGUGCAGGAGUUCAUGUCUGGGGAUCAUCCAUUUGAAACUUAUAAGGAGAAGUUGACAGAAUUUACAAUGCUGAGAGCUGACAUCCUCACCUCCUCCCAGCAGGUGGUGGAGCUUGGUCCGUAUGAGGUCCACUGUGAAGCCCUGGUGGAAGCGCUGGUCACUCGAGUCACCAAUCUCAGGAGGGAGCUACUGAUGCACCUCCAUGGCCGCUACUGUGCUACUGCUGAUACACUGUGUGGGGAGCUGAAGGUGAUCACAGAGAGAGCCCUCAGCACCCCAGGCGACACACUGCAGCUGAUGGAGCAUAAGCGUUACAUGGAAGAUGUGAUGGAGAAUCAGCUCACUACCCUUGAAAACCGUGUCUGGUGCCUUCAUCAGCAACUUCAGUACCUAGCGGAGAACAUGUCGCUGAGCUCAGAGGAGUGCAGUGACGCAGUGCAGCCCCUAGCCUGGUUCAUCCGUCUGCCGGAAGUGUUCAGAGUCCACUUGCAGAUCAUCACGGAGAAGAGAGCGGAGUAUGAAGCCAACCUGAGGGAGCGUCGAGAGAAGUUCCAGGAGGAGCUGGCAGAGUAUGCAGUCCAGCUUGAGGAGUUUCAGACCUUGGGAGAUGUGAAUGAGAUCCAUGAGUACCUGCGCCGGGCACGGGCGCUGCACACCCGCCUGGACCACGCUGCUAAUUACGUGGACCAGAUUAAUAAGGAGGAGGAGGCGCUGUCAUGGAACACCACACACUACCCUGUCAGGAAGCAGGUGUCAGACCGUCUUGCUCCCUUCCUGAAGCUGUAUGAGGUGGGGGUGGAAUGGUCGGACCGCCUGGAGGAGUGGCUACACUCACCUGUCGGCACUCAUGACCCUGACAUCAUCUCCCAGGAAGUGGCAGCAACAUGGAGGACAGUGUACAAGCUGGAAAAAGGCUUCUCAGACAUUCCAGCUGCCAAGAAUGUAGUCUUAGCGGUGAGGCAGCGCAUUGAGACAUUCCGGGAGAACCUACCACUGGUGCAGACGCUUGGCAAUCCCGGCCUGAAGGAACGGCACUGGGAGAAGAUAUCUGAGGUGGUGGGAUAUCCUUUGAGGGCUGAUGCCACCACAACACUCCAGCGCCUCAUUGACUCAAACCUGGAGGAUUAUUUGUCUAAGUUUGAGUCAGUGUCCGAGGCAGCAUCCAAGGAGCAUGUGUUUGAGAGGAACCUGGAGAAGAUGAAGAGUGAGUGGCAGGAGAUGGAGCUGGUUCUCAAGCCGCACCGGGAGACAGACACAUGGGUGCUCUCGGCUGUGGAGGACAUUCAGUUCCUCCUUGAUGACCACAUUGUCAAGACUCAGUCCAUGCGCUCCUCUCCCUUCAUCAAACCCAUUGAGGCUGAAGUAGCUGCAUGGGAGACAACUCUGGCACAGCUGCAAGAAGUGGUGGAUGAGUGGCUGAGGGUUCAGGCCACGUGGAUCUACCUGGAGCCUAUCUUUGGGUCCCCAGACAUCAUGGCACAGAUGCCAGAGGAAGGGCGCAGGUUUAACACAGUGGACAAGACAUGGAAGGACAUCAUGAAGAGUGUGCGGCAGAAUACCCGAGUCCUGUCGGUGCUGGAGGUGGACAAGAUCCUGGAGCGUCUUCGUAAGUCCUCUGAACUGCUGGAGCUGAUCCAGCGAGGCCUCAAUGAGUACCUGGAGAAGAAGCGACUCUACUUCCCAAGGUUCUUCUUCCUAUCCAAUGAGGAGCUGCUGGAGAUUCUCAGUGAGACCAAGGACCCAAGCAGGGUUCAGCCUCACCUCAAGAAGUGCUUUGAGGGUGUCAACUCCUUGGACUUUGGUGACGACCUGGAGGUGGUGGCGGUGCGCUCCAGUGAAGGGGAAGUAAUUGGCCUGACUCAGAUCAUCAGCACAGCCAAGGCACGGGGCCAGGUGGAAAAGUGGCUGGUGCAGCUGGAGGCCAGCGUCAAGUGCAGCAUCAAGAAGGUGGUGGAGUCCUGCAUGGAGGCAUAUACUACCAAGUUGCGUGAAGACUGGGCGCUGGAGUGGCCAGGCCAGGCUGUCCUGUGUGUCUCUCAGACCUUCUGGACCACUCACGUCUCCCGCUGUAUGGUGGAAGGUCCGGAGGAAAUGGAGAAGUACUAUGAGCUCUGUAACAGCCAGAUUGAGAAGGUGGUGGGCCUUGUACGAGGCCAACUCUCCAAGCAGAACCGCACCACCCUUGGAGCACUGGUGGUUCUUGACGUCCAUGCUCGGGAUGUGUUGAAGGAUGAGAUCAUGAAGAAGAAGGUAACAGACCUCACUGACUUCACUUGGCUCUCUCAGCUCCGUUACUACUGGCAGGAUAGCAUGCUGAAGGUACGGAUGAUCAAUGCUGAGCUGGACUACGGCUAUGAAUACCUUGGCAACACAGGGCGGCUGGUGAUCACUCUGCUGACGGAUCGCUGUUACCGCACCCUCACCCAAGCUCUCAUGCUGAACCUUGGAGGAGCACCAGAGGGUCCAGCAGGAACAGGCAAGACCGAGACCACAAAGGACUUGGCCAAGGCUGUCGCUAAGCAGUGUGUGGUGUUCAACUGCUCAGAUGGACUUGACUACAUCUCUCUUGCUAAGUUCUUCAAGGGCUUGGCAUCAUGUGGAGCCUGGACUUGCUUUGACGAGUUUAACCGCAUAGAGCUGGAAGUGCUGUCAGUGGUGGCGCAGCAGAUCCUCACCCUGCAGCGAGGGCUCCAGUCCGGGGCACCACGACUCACCCUGCAGGGCACUGAGGUGAGCCUUGACCCAACUUGUGCUGUCUUCAUCACCAUGAAUCCCGGAUAUGCUGGCCGCUCAGAGCUCCCUGACAACCUCAAGGCUCUGUUCCGCUCGGUGGCCAUGAUGGUGCCGGACUACGGACUCAUUGCGGAGAUCUCCCUCUACUCCUUUGGGUUUGUGGCGGCCCGCAGCAUGGCACGCAAGAUUGUGGCCACCUACAGGCUGUGUUCAGAGCAGCUUUCUGCCCAGCCUCACUAUGACUACGGCAUGAGGACAGUGAAGGCUGUACUGAUAGCAGCCGGCACACUCAAACUGAAGUACCCUGACUUGCCUGAAGAUGUGUUAGUCCUGAGAUCCAUUCGUGAUGUUAAUCUUCCAAAGUUCCUGGCUCAUGAUCUUCCCUUGUUUGAAGGCAUUAUUGCAGACCUCUUCCCUGGUGUGGUGUUGCCUGAGCCAGACUACACCUUCCUGCACAAGGCGGUGAAGGAGGUGUGUGCAGUGGCGGGGCUUCGGGCCAACAAUUACUUCAUGGACAAAAUACAGCAGGUGUACGAGACCAUGAGGGUGAGGCACGGGUUUAUGCUCAUUGGUAACCCCAUCGGAGGGAAGACUGUUGCCCUGAGGUGUCUCGCCAAGGCUCUGGGGAUUAUGAAUGACAGGGGUGAGGGAGAGAACAGAGUGCAGGUGUGUGUGAUCAACCCCAAGGCAGUGACAGUAGGGCAGUUGUAUGGGCAGUUUGAUCCCACCUCCCAUGAGUGGUCUGAUGGAGUGCUUGCUGUCAACUUCCGUAAAUUUGCUGUCUCUUCCUCGCCUGACAGGAAGUGGAUUGUGUUAGAUGGACCAGUGGACAGUGUGUGGAUUGAGAACAUUAAUUCAGUACUGGAUGAUAACAAGAAGCUGUGUCUCAUGUCUGGUGAGAUCAUCUGUCUCUCCUCCACCACCAACAUCAUCUUUGAAGUCCACCACCUUGAGAAUGCAUCGCCUGCCACAGUGUCUCGGUGUGGGAUGGUUUACAUGGAGCCUCUAGCACUGGGCUGGCGACCUCUAGUGGAAACCUGGCUGGCAAAGCUUCCUCAGACCCUCACACAGCAACACAAGGCUGUCCUCACUGCUCUCUUCCACCGGUUUGUGCCUCCGCUCCUCUCCUUCGUCAGAAAACACCUCCUUUGGUUCAAGCUGGAGAGGAGUGAGUCUUACGUACAGAAGGGUGUCUCCCCAACCACUGAUCUUAACCUGGUGCAGAGUCUCAUGAAUAUCUUUGACUGCUUCCUGGAUGAGUUUACUGACCCAGCCUACACCAAACAUCACCCAGAGUCUGACAUCCGUGCCCAUCUUGAGAGCAUCUUUCUGUUCUCUGCCAUCUGGUCACUUGGUGGACCGCUAGACGAGGCUUCAAGAACAAAGUUUGACCUUCUGCUAAGAGAGUUGAUCAAUGGUGACCCCAGCAAGGAAACAGUACAGAAGUAUGGUGAAGUUCCUCCUCCUCCUCAUGACUACCAACUGCCAAUCCCUGAUGAGGACACAGUCUUUCAUUACAAGUUUGUGAAAGAGGGUCGCGGGUACUGGCAGAAGUGGAGUGAGGAUCUCGCCAACGCUGCCUCCAUCCCUCGGGACGUAGCAGCCCACCAGAUCCUUGUACCCACCGUCACUACUGUCCGUGUGUCAGCCCUCCUGAGUCUCCUCCUGUCACAGGCAAAGCCACUCCUGCUGGUGGGGCCGCCUGCUACAGGGAAGUCUGUCUAUGUCGCGGAUUUUCUUCGUAACAAGUUAAAGAGUGACGUGUACAAACCCAUGUUCCUUAACUUCUCAGCACACACCACCACCACUCAUGUGCAGGACUUGGUCAUGGGUAGCCUGGACAAGCGCAAGAAGGGUGUGUACGGGCCGCCGGUGGGGAAACGCUGUGUACUUUUUGUAGAUGACCUCAACCUGCCACAGACAGAUGCCUUUGGCACACACCCACCCCUUGAGUUGCUGCGUCAGCUUGUGGAUCACGCCACCUGGUAUGACACCAGGAAGGAAGUGGAGCCAAUACGGCUGGAAGACAUGCAGCUGGUAUCAACAAUGAGUCUGCGCGAGAGUGGCAGGACAACCCUCACCCCUCGCUUGCUGCGCCACUUCAAUGUGGUGGCCAUCAAUGACUUUGACGACACCACCAUCCACUCCAUAUUCUCAAAGAUUCUGCUAUGGCACCUGGACACUCGGGGCUUCAGCAAGAUGUUUGAUCCGUGCAUUGGGGAGAUAGUGGCAGGAACACUGGAGGUGUAUCGCUCAGCAGCCAUUCACCUGCGCCCAACUCCCUCACGCUCCCACUACAUCUUUAAUCUGAGGGACUUCUUCAGGGUGAUCCAGGGUGUGCUGCUGUCUGUGCCGGAGACCAUGGAAGAUCUACGCUCCAUGAAGAAGUUGUGGGUCCAUGAGAUCUUGAGAGUGUUCUAUGACCGCCUGGUGGACGCCAAUGACCGCAAGUGGCUGCUGGAUCGCAUCUCAGCUUCCUGCACCAACCACCUCAAUGAAGACUUCAACCAGCUGAUGGGUGAACUGGACCAGAAUGGGGAUGGGGAGGUGUCAGAGGGAGAUCUGAGGAACCUUGUGUACUGUGACUUUGCUGAUCCCAAGAGUGAGAGUCGACAUUAUGUACAGGUGGACAAUUUGGAAGGGCUGCGUUCUGUUGUGGAAGGUUACCUGCAUGAAUUCAACAACAUGAGCAAGAAACCCAUGAAUCUAGUCAUGUUCAAGUUUGCCCUUGAGCACCUGGCCAGGAUAUGCCGAGUGCUGCGGCAGCCCAGAGGACACGCCAUGCUGGUUGGAGUGGGUGGCAGUGGCAGGCACUCCCUCACACGCCUUGCUGCCCAUAUCACCGACUAUGAGCUGUUUGAGGUUGAAAUGAGUCGUAGCUAUGGCAUCACUGAGUGGCGUGAAGAUCUGAAGACCAUACUGAAGAAGGCAGGGGCAGGGGAGCAACACAUUGUCUUCCUCUUCAGUGACACUCAGAUUAAGGAUGAAAUCUUCCUUGAGGCCAUCAGCAGCAUUCUGAGUCUGGGGGAGAUCCCGGGUCUGUUCCCCUCAGAUGAGAAGCACACCAUUUGUGACAAGAUGAGGAACAUUGACAGGCAGAGAGACAAAAGUAAACAGACGGAUGGCAGUCCUGCAGCUUUGUGGAUGUUGUUUGUGGAGCGAGUGAGGGAGCAACUCCAUGUGGUACUUGCCUUCUCCCCAUGUGGCGAGGCCUUCAGGAACAGACUCAGGAAGUUCCCGGCACUGCUCUCCUGCUGCACUAUUGAUUGGUUCCAGGCCUGGCCCGAGGAUGCGUUAGAGGCAGUGGCUUUGCGGUUACUUCAGGGUGUGGAGUUGCCUGAGGAGACCCUGAAAGGAUGUGUCUCCCUGUGCCAGUACUUCCACACCUCCACACAGGAACUCUCUGACAGGUUUCUGAAGCAUCUCCGACGUUACAACUAUGUGACGCCCACCUCGUACCUGCAGCUCCUCCACACCUACAUGGUCAUCCUGGAGCGGCGCCGAGGUGAGGUGAAGAAGUUGGAAUGUCGCUAUACCACGGGUCUGGCUAGGCUGGAGGAGGCGGAGACUUCUGUCCUGGCCAUGCAACAGGAGCUUCUCAACCUCCAGCCAAUCCUCCUCACCAAGACUCGUGAGGUGGAGGAGAAAAUGGCUGUUGUGGAGAAGCGCAGGCAGGAAGUGGCUGAGGUGGAGCGAGUGGUGCGGCAGGACGAGGAGGUGGCCAAUGAGGCUGCCGAGGCUGCCAAUGGGAUCAGAAAGGAGUGUGAAGCUGAGCUGAACUUGGCACUGCCACUGCUGGAGGAGGCCACUGCUGCACUCAACACCAUCAAGCAGGAUGACAUUGUGUUCAUCAAAGCUAUGAAGAAUCCUCCUGCUGGUGUUAAGCUGGUGAUGGAGGCUGUGUGUGUGCUGCUGGGGGAGAAGCCAGACCGAGUGCCGGAUCCUCAAGGCACCGGCAAGAUGGUGGAGGAGUACUGGUCUGUCAGCAAGAGGCUCCUUGGUGACAUUAAAUUCAAGGAAAACUUGCUGAACUUUGACAAGGAGAACAUAAGUCAGAAGGCCAUCCAGACCAUCCGCUCCAAGUACCGGGACAACCAGGAGUUCAAGCCGGAGAAGAUCAUGGUGGCGUCCAAAGCUGCAGAGAGUCUGUGCAAAUGGGUACUGGCCAUGGAGCGGUACGAGGAGGUGGACCGCAAGGUGGCACCAAAGCGUGAGGCAUUGCAGCGUGCAGACCAGCAGUACCAGGGUCUGAUGGGGGAACUGCGGAAGAAGCAGGAGGCACUGAGAGGUGUUCAAGAGGAGCUGGCUGGCCUGCAGGCAGAGCUUGACACUGUCAAGAAGGAAAAGCUUGAACUUGAACAGACGGUGGAGCUGUGCAGCAUCAAGAAAGACCGCGCUGAGCAACUCUUGGCUGCUCUUGGUGGUGAGAAGAGCCGCUGGACUGACAAUGCCCACCACCUGGCACAGGUCUACAUAUACCUGACAGGAGACAUGUUGCUGGCAGCAGGUGUCAUUGCCUACCUGGGGGCCUUCACACCAGAGUACCGUGCUGAGCAGACGGCCAGGUGGCAGCAGGAAUGUCGGGAGAGAGGUGUCCCUUGUUCAGGGGAGUUCCUUCUGGCCUCAGUGCUUGGAGACCCUCUCACCAUCAGGGACUGGACACUCAAUGGCCUCCCCACAGAUCCAUUCAGCAUUGAUAAUGGUGUCAUCAUCAGCAACACCACCCGGUGGCCGCUGCUCAUUGAUCCGCAGGGCCAGGCCAACAAGUGGAUCAGGAACAUGGAGAAGGACAACUCCCUCCAGGUGGUGAAGCUCUCAGACCCAGACUUCAUCAGAACAUUGGAAAACUGCAUCCAGUUUGGCCAGCCAGUUUUGCUUGAGAAUGUUGGUGAGGAGCUGGAUCCAAUCCUUGAGCCUCUCCUGCUGAAGCAAACCUUCAAGCAGAGUGGCUCCACCUGCAUCAAGCUUGGCGAUGCUACCAUUGAGUACUCGGCUGACUUCCGCAUGUACCUGACCACCAAGCUGAGCAACCCAAACUAUGUGCCUGAAGUGUCUGUGAAGGUCACCCUCGUCAACUUUGCCCUGACUGGCGCUGGGCUGGAGGACCAGCUGCUGGCGCUGGUGGUGGCACAUGAGAAGCCUGAGCUGGAGGAGGAGAGGGUCACACUCAUGCUUCAGACAGCACAGAACAAAAAGAACCUGAAGGAGUUGGAAGAUCGGAUCCUGUCAACUCUUUCCUCCUCGAAGGGAAGCAUUCUUGAGGAUGAGACGGCAAUCAACAUCUUGAGUGACGCCAACAGACUGGUGAAGGAGACCCAAGAGAAGCAGACCAUUGCUGAGGAGACAGAGAAGAAGAUCAACACCACUCGUCUUGGCUACCGUCCUGUUGCCGUCACUGCCUCCAUCCUCUUCUUCACCCUGCGAGACCUGGCAGCGCUGGACCCCAUGUAUCAAUUCUCCCUUAACUGGUUUGUCAAUCUGUUCUCUAACUCCAUUGACAACUCUGAGAAGGCCAGUGAGCCUGACCGCCUGAGUGCACUGAGGAACCACUUCACUCUCAGUCUGUACAACAAUGUCUGCACUGGUCUGUUUGAAAAGGACAAGUUGGUGUUUUCCUUCUUGGUGUGUGUCAACCUGCAGCGGUCUGAGAACAAGAUCGUGGAUGCUGAGUGGCUGUUCCUCCUGACGGGGGGUGUGGCACUGGCCAGCAACGCGACCCCCAACCCUGCCCCUGACUGGCUGCCAGAGACCACCUGGGUGCAGUUCCAGCGGCUUUCCUGUCUGGCUACCUGGUUGGACCUCUUCUCGGACCAUAUUCAGGAGUGGCGCACUGUGUUUGAGUCAGAGGACCCCCAGAAGGAGACCAUUCCAACAGGAGAGGACGAGGAGCUGACCCGCAUGCAGCUGCUGUGUGUCCUGAGGUGCCUGCGGCCAGACAAGGUGGUGGCAGCAGUGCAGGACUAUGUAGCAGACCUGCUGGGGAAGGCAUACAUUGAGCCACCUCCCUUUGACCUGGCACGCACCUUUGCUGACUCCAACUGCUGCCUUCCUCUCAUCUUCCUCCUCACACCCGGUGCUGACCCGACCAAUCUGCUUCUCAAGUUUGCAGAGGACCAGGGUAUGGGAGGAGAUCGCCUGCAGAGUGUGUCACUUGGGCAGGGCCAGGGACCAGUGGCCAGGAAGCUGAUAGAGGAAGGGGCUCGCACCGGCACGUGGGUCUUGCUGCAGAACUGUCACCUGGCUAAGUCCUUCAUGCCGUCCCUGGAGAAGCUGUGUGAAGAUCUGAACCCUGAAGCAACUCACUCUGAUUUCCGGCUGUGGCUCACCAGCUACCCAUCGGCUCACUUCCCAGUCUCUGUCCUUCAAUCCAGCAUCAAGAUGGUCACAGAGCCUCCCAAGGGACUCAGAGCUAACCUGAAGCGCCUGUACCUUGCUGACCCACUCUCUGAGCAAGACUUCCUGCUGGGGUCGGGCUCUUCAGAAAGGUUCCGCCGCAUGCUUUUCUCCUUGUGUUUCUUCCACGCUGUCGUGCAGGAGCGUCGCCUCUUUGGUCCGCUGGGCUGGAAUGUCCCUUACUCCUUCUCCGACACUGACCUGAGGAUAUCGGCACAGCAGCUCCGGAACCUCCUCGAUAACUAUGUGGAGAUCCCCUGGGAGGCCCUGCACUACCUCACAGCAGAGUGCAACUACGGUGGGAAGGUGACUGAUGAGCGAGACAGAAGGACCCUUAGCACCAUUCUAAGGCUCUUCUACAACCCUGAGGUGGUGAAAGAAGACCCUCAUGCCUUUGAUCCUCAUGGAGUAUAUACCACACCCUCUGAUGGGGACCACGGCCACUUCCUGGAGCACAUCUCUGAGCUGCCCCGUGAUGCUCCUCCUUACGUGUUUGGCAUGAACAGCAAUGCAAGUAUUAACAAGGACCAGGCGGAGACCAACAAACUCUUUGCUGCUGUUCUUCUCACUCAGGCAACCUCACUAUCAGGCGGUGAGGGCGGGAGUGGGGAGGGGGAGACAGUGGGCAGAACCUGUGAGGAGAUCCUGGGACGCAUACCACCUCCCUUCCACGUGGAUGCUGCCCUUGCCAAAUACCCAACACGGCGGGAGCAGAGCCUCAACACAGUGCUGGUGCAGGAGAUGAGUCGCUACAACACCCUCAUCACCACCAUUACCACCACAUUGCAUGCUGUCCUCAGAGCUAUAGAAGGGACGGAGAGGUUGACUGAGGAGGUGGAGGAGGUGCUGGUUGGGGUGAGAACAGGCCGCGUCCCUUCAAUCUGGCGUGCAAAGUCUUAUCCAACCCUUAAGGGACUUGGCUCCUACAUCACGGACCUCUUACAGCGACUACAGUUUCUCCAGGGCUGGUAUGACAAGGGGCAGCCCAAAGUGUUCUGGCUGAGCGGGUUCUUCUUCACACAGUCCUUCCUGACGGCGGUGCUGCAGAACCACGCCAGGGCACACUCUCUUGCCAUUGACCAGCUCGCCUUUCACUUCAGAGUGAUGGACGUGGACGAGGACAGCCCCGUCCCUGAGGCUGGCACAUACAUCCGGGGCCUGUACCUUGAGGGGGCUCGCUGGGACGCCGCAAACGACCGCCUGGAGGAGGCUCUGCCCAGGAGGCUGCACGAGAACAUGUCGCCGAUCUGGCUGCGGCCGAUGGCGCGCAGUGAAAUCCCGAAGGAGCAGAGUUACUCAUGCCCCGUGUACAAGACGAGUGAGAGACGCGGCAACCUCACCACCACGGGCCACUGCACCAACUAUGUCAUCUCCGUCAGCUUGCCCACACACCUCAGCGAGGACCACUGGGUGCUGCGAGGUGUGGCGCUACUCUGUUCCCUCUCAGACUGAGACGGGCACGCUCACCCCUCCCCUCCCACUCCUCCGUCCUGCCCGCCGCCUUCAUAUCAGUCGCCGCUCUCACUUUAUUUCUGUUAUCUUUUCCUUCCUCUGUUUACAUGUAUCUCCCUUACAGUCUCCUCCUCAAUAGUGUUGCAAGCACUGUACGUGUCUACUUCAAAUCUUGCAUAGUCGGGAAAUACAAACGCGCUACUGUUAGGUUUCCCUUGCCUUUCAGACUUGGUAUCUCAAGUUAGUCACAGAUGGCGCUAAUGUCUCCUUCUGUGCGCAUUAUAAUAGAGCUUUAGUUUUAGAAGGAUGAAUAAACAAUGAGGAACUGGC